UAGACAUCGGAGCGGAAGCAUGAGACGCAGCACAAUUCAGAUAGCCAGACGGGUGGCUAAUGAGCGACUCUCGCUGUCACGACGAGCCCUGACAUGCUCCGGCGCAAGAUGCUCAUCCACAAGCUCUAGGGAGUGGUCCACGCCUCUUGCAAAGACACUGGGAGAGGCCAUCACUACCGUUCAUCCUGACAGUAUACUCAGNACUACUGGUCCCAUCUCAGUUGCAGCAUACAUGCGACAAUGUCUGACCUUCCCAGAAACUGGUUACUACACGCAGUCAAACGAAGGCAAAGAUCCAUUUGGCAAGAAAGGAGACUUUGUCACAUCUCCUGAGAUCUCCCAAAUUUUUGGAGAACUCAUUGGACUAUGGUUCGUGGCAGAGUGGAUGGCCCAAGGCAGAAAGAGCAGUGGAGUUUACCUCAUGGAGAUGGGCCCUGGACGAGGAACCUUGAUGGAUGACAUGCUGAGAUCGAUUCGCAACUUCAAGCCCCUGGCCCAGGCUAUCGAUGGCAUCUAUAUGGUCGAAGCAAGUCCCUCGCUACGUCAAGCCCAGCACAAGCUCCUCUGUGGCGACAACCCUCUCGAGGAAAUUGAUAUCGGCUACAAGAGUACAUGCAAGUACACUCCUGACCUAAACAUCAUCUGGUGCGAGGACAUCCGGUUCGUGCCCAGAGAGACGGACAGCUCACCCUUCAUCGUCGCCCACGAGUUCUUCGAUGCUCUGCCUAUCCACGUCUUCGAGUCUGUCAAAGCCCAAGCUGCUCCCAAGCAGAUCCGCACCCCUACUGGUAUCCACAAAGUCGACCCCUCAGCCACUGGAAACCCAAACACUGUCUCUCAAUGGCGCGAGCUUGUCGUCUCGCCUACCUCACCUUACGCAACUCACGACACUCUCAAUACUCCCAAGUCACAACGCGAUCAACCUGUUCCCGAAUUCUCCCUGACCCGUGCCCAAGCCGCCACACCGCACUCCCUCUUCCUCCCCGAACAAUCCCAACGCUACAAGAACCUCAAAGACACAGAAGGCUCCGUCAUCGAAGUGAGCCCCGAAUCACAAACCUACGCCGCAGACUUUGCCGUCCGAAUCGGCGGUGGCGUCAGUCCUUCAGCCCUCUACACCAACCACACGGACCAAACACCUCCUCCGGUAGGCCGCCGCGUGUCUCCCCGCCGCGCCGUCGAAGAAAUCGUCAAGAAGCAAGCUUCUGGUGCUGCACUGAUUCUCGACUACGGAACCGCUUCUACCAUCCCUGUAAACUCUCUUCGCGGUAUCAAGGAACAUCGCAUGGUUUCUCCUCUGUCAGAACCUGGUAAAGUCGACAUCAGUGCUGAUGUCGAUUUCCUGGCUUUGGCUGAGAGUGCUAUCAAUGCUUCUUUGCAUGUUGAAGUUCAUGGACCUAUUGAUCAAGCACGUUUCUUGACUGCGAUGGGUAUCGAGCAACGAGCCGCACAACUUGUCAAACUAGCUGUUGAUCGCGAGAGAGGCAGUGUUGCCAAGAAGAACGGUGGAGAAAGAACAAAGAGUGAUCUCACUGAAACGGUCAAGAGGAUCGAAAGUGGUUGGAAGAGAUUGGUCGAUGUGGGUCCUCAGGGUAUGGGCAAGUUGUACCAGGUCAUGGCUAUUUUGCCGCAUGCACCGCCCAAGCAGGGUGAGCAGCCUAGGAGGCCCGUUGGUUUUGGUGGUGAUGUGGCUGUC